AUGUUGACCGCCAUCGGUCGCGUCGCCAUCCAGCGCCUGGCCAUCCGCGCCGCGCCCAGCAGCACCCUCUGCCGUGCAGCCCCAAUUGCCUCCCGCAUCCCCGCCCGCACCUUCACGACGACACACUGGGCCCGCCUGCCCGCGAACAAGGCCGACGAAGGCGCAGAGAAGCCCGUGAAGAAGGCGAAGAAGACCACCAAGUCGGCAACGAAGGAGGCGGCACCGAAGAAGAAGAAGGGCGCCGCCAAGCCCAAGCCGAAGAAGGUCAAGAAGGCCAAGAAGGAGGUCGCGCCCGAGGUGAAGCUCGCGCAGGAGGUCCGCGAACUGAAGAAGAUUGCUCUCCUCAAGGAGCCGAAGAAGCUGCCCGAGACGGUCUGGACCCUCUUCACGACCCAGAACAUCAAGUCUGGCGAGGCCAGCCUCGGCGAGCGCUCGAAGCAGCUGGCCGAGGAGUACAGACUUUUGGACGCUGCCGAGACUGAGAGACUGAUGUCAGACCAGCGCCUCAAGGACCUCGCCGAGAAGAACAAGGUCGCCAACAACGCCGCCUACAAGGCCUGGGUCGAGAGCCACACGCCCGCCGAGAUUGUCGCCGCCAACAAUGCGCGCAACGUGCUGCGUCGCAAGGUGAACAAGGGCAAGGGCGUCACGCACCGCUUCCCCAUCCGCGACGAGCGCCUGCCCAAGCGGCCCACGACCGUCUACAACCUCUUCUUCAAGGCGCGCUGGGCGAGCGGCGACUUUAGCGGCAGCGUCACCGAGGCCACGCGCACCAUUGCCGAGGAGUACAAGCAGCUGAGCGAGGAGCAGCGACAGGUGUACGAGGAUCUCGCGACGGCCGACUUUGAGCGCUACGCCAGGGAGGUCUCGAGCGUGCUCAACAAGGAGGUCAAGAGGAAGUCCGCCUCGCCCUCUGCUUGA